AUGACCAAGAAGAGAAGUUGGAAGAACAAUGAGGCUGUGGUACUCACCGAAGAAUGCAGUGCCAUCAUCCAGCAUAAAUUGCCCCAGAAAUUGAAGGAUCCUGGGAGCUUCCAAAUCCCUUGUAUCAUAGGGGAAAUCACAAUGGAGAAGGCUUUAUGUGAUCUAGGAGCUAGCAUAAAUCUGAUGUCCUUAGCAAUGAUGAGAAAAAUGAGGAUUGAGGAGGCCAAACCAACAAGAAUGGCCCUGCAACUAGCAGACCGAUCAUUCAAGUUUUCUCACGGAAUAGUAGAAGAUUUGUUGGUGAAGGUGGGAGACUUUAUCUUUCCAGCAGACUUCGUAGUAUUGGACAUGGAGGAAGGAGCUAAGACCUCUAUCAUCUUGGGAAGGCCAUUCUUGGCCACUGCUAGAGCCAUCAUUGAUGUCCAAAAGGGUGAGCUUGUCCCUAGACUGCAUGAGGAAAAAAUGAUAUUCAAUAUGUUCAACGCCAUGAGCUACCCACAAGACUCACUGGGAGAAUGUAUGAGGUUGAACUCAGUGGAUACUAUGGUGCAAGAGACUCUUGAAGAAGAAGAACUUGAGAGGUUAACAGAAGAAGAGAAAUCAGCAUCAAGCGAAGAGGUUGCAACAGCUGAAAUUCACGUUCAUGGCACACUAAAGGGGAAGAAUAAAAGAAAAGAAGCAUCCAAACUUGAAUUAAAGGCACUACCGCCCACUCUCAAGUAUGCAUACUUAGGAGAUAAUGAAAGCUAUCCAGUGAUCAUAAAUUCAGCCCUCAGCCAAGAACAGGAGGAAGAGUUACUUCAAGUCUUACAAAAGCAUAAGGAUGCCAUUGGAUGA